GAUGGAUCUAGAUAUCGCGAGACGACAUGAAGUUUAAUGUCCAUAUCAGAACACUAGAUGGAGCUAGAUAUCCCGAGAUGAUAUUCAACUAGAAGUACUGUAGGUGAAAGUGAAAGUAAAGUGUGAAACUCCACCACCCUUUUUCUCCGUUAUUUCUGGAACAGACGCAGUGGUACAUUCUGUUCGUUGCCAAAUUAGUCUUUCAACUGUUUUGGUUUAUUUUUCUAAACUCCUAAUAGUUUUAUUGACCAGUUACAAACAGCUUUACCUUGGAGUCAGACUUGUUUUGUUAGUGAAAUGAAGACCUUUCCGACCUCUGCGGUCUGGUGUUUUGGGAUUCUGUUCAUCAGUGUUUCAUUGAUAACGACAGGGUCGUCUGAGGUUCAGGUUGUUGGUUCGGCUGACCGAGUUGAUGCCUUAGCUGGUGAUGACGUCAUUCUACCAUGUUCCCUGAAACCCAAUGUCAGUGCUAAGGAUAUGCUAGUGCAGUGGACAGGAUUGAACCUGAAAAUAAGAAACGUCCAUCUUUACCGUCAAGGUCGAGACUCCAAUGAGGAGCAGUUUCCAUCCUACAGGGGAAGGACAUCAAUGUUUCAUGAAGAACUGAAGAACGGCAACGUCUCCUUAAAGCUGAACAGAGUUACUCUCUCUGAUGCUGGAAGCUACAGGUGCUUCAUUCCAACACUGACCAGCCAGAUGAAGGACACCACUGUUCAACUCUUUGUUGGUGCUGUAUCUCAGCCAGUGAUCUCUAUUGUUGGAACUAAAGACUGGGGGGUGGUCCUGAAGUGUGAGUCUGGAGGCUGGUUUCCUGAACCUGAGAUGGAGUGGCUGGACAGUUCUGGAACCAUCCUACCUGCUGAUGGACCUCCAGAGAGACACAGAGACUCAGAGGACCGCUACACUGUGAGACGACAUGUCACCGUGGACAAGACUGACACCAACAGGUUCACCUGUAGAGUUCAACAGACGGAGAUCAACCACCUGAAGGAGACAGAGAUUCAUGUCCCAGAUGACGUUUUUCCUAAAUCACAAGUAGGGUUGAUUGUUGGUCUAUCAAUACUAUUAGCUGUUGUAGUUCUCACAGCUUCAGCUGGUGUCUACAAGUGGAGAAAACAUACAGAUGGACUACAAGGAGAGCUGAAAAAUGUCAAAAUUGAGAGGGAUGAACGACAAGAACAGCUGAAGGAGGUCAGAAAACAGAAUGAGGAGCUCAGAAAAGACAACGAUGGACUACAAGGAGAGCUGAACAACGUCAAAAUUGAGAGGGACAACGUCAAAAUUGAGAGGGACAAUGUCACAAGAGAGAGGGACAACGUCAAAAUUGAGAGGGACAACGUCAAAAUUGAGAGGGACAAUGUCACAAGAGAGAGGGACAACGUCAAAAUUGAGAGGGACAACGUCAAAAUUGAGAGGGACAAGCUCAAAAUAGAGAGGGACAAUGUCACAAGAGAGAGGGACAACGUCAAAAUUGAGAGGGACAAGCUCAAAAUAGAGAGGGAUGGACUACACGGAGAGCUGAAGAAGCUCAGAGAAGAGAACACGAAAGCUGAAGAGACCAUCCAAUCCAAUCCAAUCUCCACCUCUCCAGGAGGUCAACAGGAAACAGACUCCCAAAAGUCUGAGGGGAUUGAAGGGAUGAAGAUGGAGUCUUUUCCUGCUCCUGAGAUGGAGACUUUACCUGAAGGAUGAUCUGGAGAAGUUGUGGGUGGAAGUUGAGUUACUAUAGAGAGACUAUAACUAUAGAGAGACUAUAACUAUAGAGCUGAGUUACUAUAGAGAGACUACAACUAUAGAGCUGAGUUACUAUAGAGA